UGACACUCUCUUUAUAAACUGAUUUGAAAUUCCUAUCUUUGGUUUAGGAAUGUUUUAUUUAUUUUAUUUUAAAGAACAUCUGGCAAUAUUUAUCAACCCAUUCUAGUGCAUGCGCUCAGUUCAGUGCUCAAACCUGUAUGACUUAUUUACAUGUAGCUAACGUUUUUAAAUGAGUUUUUGUGACAUAAAUAGACCAUUGUGUAUUCUUGUAUGCCUAAAUAUAUUUAUGUGACGUAUGUAUGUAUGUUUGAGCAAUAUCUUUAGCUAACGUUACUUAGUUUAGUAAUGGCACAAGCUACAGGGCCGGCAACAUUGGACGUAUGUAAUCCAUCUUCUAGUUCGCUUCCUACAGAUCAUUCUGUAAAUUCUGAAUCUCCUGUACAAAUUAAAGGACAAACGGGAAGGAUUCUGACGAAGGAAGAGCUGGAGAAACUGCAGACAGAUCAAAACGUGGUGUCCGAUUUCAAGCAAAAUAAGCUGGAAAUUGAGGCGCAGAAGAAUUGGGACUUGUUCUACAAAAGGAACACCACUAAGUUUUUCAAGGACAGACACUGGACCACGAGAGAGUUCGAGGAACUGAAAGCGUGCAGAAAGUUUGCGGCUCAGAAGCUGGUUCUGUUGGAGGCUGGCUGUGGAGUCGGGAACUGCAUUUUCCCUCUCCUAGCAGAAGAUGCCAAUAUCUUUGUGUAUGCCUGUGACUUCUCACCACGAGCUGUAGAAUUUGUAAAGGAAAACCCAUUAUUCUGCUCCAAGAGAUGCAAGGUUUUUCAGUGUGACCUCACCAGCGGGGACCUGCAUGUCAACAUCCCAGCAGACAGUGUGGACGUGGUCACGCUCAUAUUUGUUCUAUCUGCCAUUCACCCUGACAAGAUGCACCUUGCUCUGGAGAACAUCUAUAGGGUGUUGAAACCUGGUGGAAUUGUCUUGUUCAGGGACUAUGGCUUGUACGAUCAUGCCAUGCUGCGGUUUAAGUCUGGGAGCAAGCUUGGAGAGAACUUCUAUGUACGCCAAGAUGGCACCAGGUCCUUCUUUUUCUCCAGAGAGCUGCUGUUGGAGCUGUUCACUCGGGCCGGGUUCCAGAGUUUGGUGAAUGACUAUGUCAUGCGAGAGACUGUAAACAAGAAGGAGGGCCUUUGUGUUCCAAGGGUGUUUCUUCAGAGCAAAUUUAGGAAGCAAGACUGAUGGACCAGCUCCCUGCUGACACUGCCCAAUCCCCUCUCCUGGGCUAAGGUUGUCUCUGAAGGGCUUAAAAAUAUACUCAUGGUGCCAGGCUUAAUUACAUUUUCCCAUGAUGGAUGCUUUGCAGACUGAGCAUUUGGAUUCUGUUUCUCCUACUUGAGUAUGGAUUAUGGAUUCCAGUAUGUAAUGGAUUCAUAUCUAUCCUUAAUGUAAGCAACAUCCUAUGAGCACAUUGUCUAUAAUUGCCAUUGCUAAACAUUCUGUAGAAAGCUAUUAGCUGCCAUUAAGAUAUGUUAGAUAUGUUUUAUGCACGUUGCUUAUUUUUCUAAAAUGGAGUUGUUAUCAAUUAUUUUAAUGUUUGUAAUUGUAAAAUAAAAUAUACAAUUUUUUCAAUA